AUUAAUACACCAACAAACACAAGUGGAUUAUUGGAUCAUAUUAAAUUAUCUCUCUACAAUGGCUUGCUCCACUAUUGGCCAACUCCUAAUAUAAAUAUAUACCUUGCAUGUCAACUAGACCCAAGAUGCAAAAGACUACGUUUUUUAUCAAUUGAUGAACAAAAUAAAGCUAAAGAAAUUUUAUAUAUGAUAUAUGCAGAAUUUAAGGAACGAUACUAUUCAUCUAAGCAAGUUUCUUCAUUGGGGUCAGAUUUAAUUCCCAUGAUUAAUAAAAGUGAAAACCAAGUUUAUCAUAAAGGAUUUAUCAAAUCCGUUUUUUCAUCAAACUUUCAAAAUCAAGAUAAUGAAAUUGCAA